AUGUCUCUCUUAGCUCUGGGUCGCAAUGGGCGAUCCCAGGCGGGAGCAGAGGCCAGUGGCCUCGAUUCUCUGAUGGGCUGGGCCUACACUACGAUCGAGUUCACGUUAUUCCUCUGGUCGAUCGCCGUGGGCCUCGCUUAUGACGGUCUUGCAGCCCUUCUCACUAGCCGGGUCUACCGUGCCGGGGCUGGGGCAGUCCUCCUCUACCUGCUGGGUACCACCCUGAUUGAGCUGGUGACAAGCGGUGACGGGGGACCUGAGCUCCUCUUCUUCCUCAGGAUGGCCGUCUUCGUCUACUGUGUCGGCUAUCAGGUUCGCGCACUCUGUGACUACACCCCUGUCCGCGUCCUCCUCCUCCUCAGUGGAGGGUACCCCUUGUUCCGCCACGGGGCGGCGGCGAUUGCCGAGCCGUUCCGGGACUACGCGGCGAUGGGCCCUUAUGCAGGUGUGCUCCUCACCUUCUCCGCCAUCUACCUCGCCACGCGCUCCCUGGGGCGGCACGUUGGCUACUUCAUGGACACGUACAUCAAGACGUACGUGCUUGAGACCCGGAUCGAUUCCCUGCUCCGCCGAGUCCGUGGAGGCGGUGCUCAUGCUGACGAGCCUUCAGAAGAGUCGGUCUCCCUCCUCCACGCCUAUCUCCGAGCCCGCGGUGGCCUGCUUUGCACGCUUUCCGUCGCCGUUUACCAGUACGGCCUUGUCAUGAUCCCGCUACUAGUCCUCGGGGGGCUCGGGGGAGUCGGCGCUGUUUGCCCUUCGUGUGGCAGCUCGAUCGCAUCCUGCACCUACGACACAGAUCAACGGUGCCCGACCAUCACCAUUGUCGCGACCAACGCGUCGGCGAUGGCAGGCGUCGGAGUCGUGAGUACCGUCACUCUUGCCACCCUCAUCCGGGAGCCGUCAUUGGCAGCGUCGCACAUCUCUUCCGCCUUCGUGCUCGCGCUCUUCGUCGGCUUCGCAUUCCAGUUUGGGUUUUGCCUCAGCUUUGGGAGUGCGAAUUCCGCAAUGUGUGCCAUGUAUUGCGUCCUCGCGAUUGUAACAUGCGGAUAUAACCAAACGACCCUGUUCACAACCGCAAGUUACUGCAGGCUUGACCCCAGUUGGGCCACGGCGCCGUUCCACUUCGGCGCCGCCGGUCUGGCGCGGUUUCCUAUUUGCAAUUAUUGCACGCCGCGCCGCCGUUGGGCGAACUUAUCGGCAGCAACUUAUUGGCGCGGUUUUCGCGAUGUCUCUCUUAGCUCUGGGUCGCAAUGGGCGAUCCCAGGCGGGAGCAGAGGCCAGUGGCCUCGAUUCUCUGAUCCCUACUAA